UGCUUGCUCGCAAUACCACUAUAUCAUAUACUAUCAACAUCCGUUCGGCUGGCUACGUCACGCGACGUCAACUGGCUGAUGGAGCUCAUAACAACAGUAUAGUGGUAGGAUCGGCGCGGACACUACGCGUCGAAAUCUUGCCAACCAAUACGGUGUAAUUCGCGAAUUAGCUGAUAAACGUGGAACGUGGACUGAUCGUUAGCAGUACAUUGCAUUUGUGAUUGAGGAUAAUUUAAGCCCAGGAGUUUAGGUGUUUUUAUGCUGCGCUGGUUCAUAAGAACGGAGCUAAGUACGAAAUGGGUUAACUACAAGAAAGAAGACUGAAUCUAAUUUCAAGUGAAAAUUAAAGACUUCAGUGUUAGUGCGAGUGUUCAGGAAAGAGACAAUAAUAAUCUGCAGCCAUGUAUUCUAUGAACUACAUUGGUAAGUUCAUAGCGAACUUCCGCGAGUUCUACAAUGAAAUCAACGCGGCGACGCUCACCGGCGCCAUCGACGUCGUGGUGGUGGAACAACCUGACGGCAGCUUCACAUGCUCCCCUUUCCACGUCCGGUUCGGAAAACUGGGAGUUCUUCGAUCCAGAUUUAAAGUGGUGGACUUGGAGCUCAACGGCGAGCCGCUGAACAUCCACAUGAAGCUGGGGGAGUCAGGCGAGGCGUUCUUUGUGGAGGAGGUAGGGGAGGACGAGGCGGCGUGUUCAGCGCACCUGGCCACGUCGCCCAUACCCGCUGCGAGGUUCGAGGAGCUGUACGAGCCUCGCCGGAGGAACUCGCUCUCAGCUGUCGAGCCCGACCAUGGCCAGGCCUCUGAUUAUACCAAGCGGAGGUACACGGCUGAUGGUCAAACCAUGCAGAAACCUAAUCUAAGUAAACUAACAAAUAAUACCAAAGAGGAUAUGACUGCUAGCAACAAUGCUGAUAAUGACGCUCUGUUUGAAAUGGACGGGCUCGAUGAGCAGUCAGCGGACUGGACCGAUGGCCGCACUCCCAAGACAUUCGCGGCAACCGAACUCGGCGAAAAGGACUGUGCUGCUCACCAAACAGUACAAAAGAUCAGUGCUCAUAAUGAUUUUCGGCCUAUUGAAGCUGUUCCGUCGAAUAUAGAUGAUAGCAAACAAAACGGGAACGGCAAGAAAAAGAAAAAGACUAGGAAAGUUAGUUCUAAAAAGAAGCAUCAAAGGAAAUCGUCGACAAGUUCGAUCUCCAGCCAGUCGGACCGCGCGGGCUCCGAGCUCCGCGUCUCACAGGCCACGGCCAUUCCUAACACCACUGACAUCAAUUUCUUCAGUGAUACCGAAGUUAACACAUCAGCUCUUAGUGGGAUGAAUAUUGAGUCGCCUGGUUGCAGCGAAGAGAUGUCCAACCUCAACCUGAAUGGCGAGAACCGCAUCCCGAUGGCGUUGUCGGACACGGCGUUUGAGGUGCACGCCGCCUCGAGAAACGCGGGCUCACGCGGCGGCACUCCCGUGCAAUCGGACACAGAGGUGGAGCUGUCUCGCACCACGAGCGGGGACAAGUCGUCCCAGUCGUGGCGCUGGGGCGAGUUGCCCGAGCCGCCGGUCCGCGGGACCGAGCCGCCGGCCACGCCCGAGUCGGCGCCUUCCCCCGCGUCUCCCGCGAGCCCCGCGGAGCCCGCGUCCCCCACGGAGCCCCUCAGCUCCGACGAGGAGAGGCCCGGCCGCCGCGGCGUGCUGAGCGGCAUGUUCCGGUUCAUAUCGGCGCGGGACGCCAACAGCGGAGUGGCGGAGGGCGUCUAUCUGGAUGACCUGGACCGCGGGCAGGUCGACCCGGGCCUCUACUUCCCGAAACAUCACGUCGAUCGCUAUCGCGCGUGUGAGAAAACUAUGGCUAGUAACCCGAUCCCGACCUCAGGCCCCACGGAGGAGGAAUACGAGUCGGGCAACGGGCCCUCGCUGCCGCAGUCGCCGGCCUCGCUCGACCCGCCACAUCUCGACUCGGACGACGAUGAGAAACUACUCGCAAAGGGUCAAGUAGAGGUGUACGUGCGCGAAGACAUGGUGUCCCGUGCUCUGCCGUUCGACGAAUUCUGUUCGCGGGGCGCGGCGCUCGCGAGCGAGGGCCGGCUGCUGGUGCGGCUCGGGGACCGGCUGCUGCCGUGGCGCAGCGCCGGCCCGCUGCUGCUGUCGCUGCUGGCCUACCGCCGCCCGCUGCCCAGCCGUAUCCUCGAGUCGCUGGAGAAGUCCGACAAGGACGGGUCGGAGUCAUCGGCGCAGUCGCCGUCCGCCGCCCACAGCAGCUCCAAGCCGCGCGGCUACUACUCCUGGUGGAGCUGGCGACGCACCACUGAGGUCAAGCGAGAUGAGACAUCGCCAUCGAAGGAGGAAACACCAAAAGAUGCUAGUCUGACUGAGACCGACAAAGGGGAGGAGAAGCCGACUGAUGCUCAAGUAGAAAAUGUAGUGGCAGAGAGUUUGGAAGUAACCCAAGUGGUGGAAACCUCGGAGCAAGCCCCGGGCGUGGAGGAUUUGCCUAGCGCACUUGAUGAAAGCAAGGCACAGGAUAUAGAGCACCAUGAACAUAGUUCGUCGGAAUCUGACCAAGAAGGCCACGGACAGAGGCCGACGCGACGCCACUCCACUUUCCGCAAAACACUUCGCCUCUCAUCCGAACAAAUUAAAAACCUGAACCUGCGCGAGGGCAUGAACGAGAUGGUGUUCAGCGUGACGACGGCGUACCAAGGCACCACCAAGUGCAAGUGCAACGUGUUCCGCUGGCGCUACGACGACAAGGUCGUCAUCUCCGACAUCGACGGCACCAUCACCAAGUCUGACGUGCUGGGCCACAUCUUCCCGCUGGUGGGCAAGGACUGGGCGCAGGCGGGCGUGGCGCAGCUGUUCACCAAGAUCAAGAACAACGGCUACCAGCUGCUCUACCUGUCCGCGCGCGCCAUCGGCCAGGCCCGGGUAACGCGCGAGUACCUGCGCUCGAUCAAGCAGGGUUCGCUGUGUCUGCCGGACGGGCCGCUGCUGCUGAACCCCACGUCGCUGCUGCGCGCCUUCCACCGCGAGGUCAUCGAGAAGAAGCCCGAGGAGUUCAAGAUCCAGUGCCUCGCCGACAUCAAGGCGCUGUUCCCCGCCGGCUCCAACCCCUUCUACGCUGGCUACGGCAACCGCGUCAAUGAUGUAUGCGCAUACCAAGCUGUUGGCAUCCCGAUCGUGAGAAUAUUCACAAUCAACUACAAAGGGGAACUCAAACAUGAACUGACCCAAACAUUCCAAUCGACUUACCACGUGCAAAGUGACAUGGUCGAUGAUUUAUUCCCGCCACUGAAUCGUGAUAACCUUCCCUAUAAAAGGUACUCGCACAUGUCGGUGCUGGUGGACCAGGUGUUCCCGCCGGCGCUGUGCGAGCCCAGCGACGAGUUCUCGCACACGGUGUACUGGCGCGAGCCGCUGGCCGACCUGCCGCUGCCCGCCCCUAGUUCUCACUAGUGAUACACCAUCAUCUCAAUAUUAACAACAUGGCUAUGAAGCUAGCUGCGAACUGGCGAGUCGACGAUAGCGUGAAGCUGGCCGCGAACUAAUGUUAUACUAAUUUUCUUUGCGUGUUGACGCUCCCCAACGAUGUAUUAGGUUUUUCCGAAAAAAAUUGCGACAACCACAGCUUUCAGUGUCGGUUGCCAAUAUAGGCAAUACUAAUAAUAGUGCCACUUAUUGUCAAAUCUUUAGAAGAUUACUACUAUGUGCAAUAUAAUAGUUUUAGGUUUAGGGCCUGUUUCACCACUUUCUGAUAUAGUAAUGUGACAGAUAAACUAGCUGCUAGAUGCCCGAAAUGAUUUGCCAGUUAGCCCGAUUCAAUACUCAGGUAUAUGUGACAUAUCGAAUAGGCGCUAUCUAUUCGAUAUGUCACAUAUAGACUAGUCACUUUAUCAACAAGCUGCACGCGGCCACGAUACAUGUUAAUCAUUUUAUUGGCAGCUAAUAAAAACAACGGCCUAUUUCGCCACUUGAAAAAUAUAUCCGGAAAAUGAAAAUUGAAAAUAUUAAAAUAGAUAAAAUUCGUUUAAUGUUUAGAUUAUUUUAACCGGAUGGAACAUCAUAGUAAUACAAAUCUGGCACUACAGACCCGUCAUGUGAUCAGUGACUGGUAGAAUACACCCUCCCUGAUGAUGAAAUCUAGCGUGUAAAACUUAUUUUUGCAGACUCAUUGUCUAUUUUGCGUAAGUAUUUAUUUUACAUAAUUGAAUUAUCACAUUUUAUUAUUUUACAUGUUACAUUUAAAUCUGAAUUUGAUAUAACUAUACUGCUGGCAAAGGUUGAAUAGAAUAUUGUAAUAAAUAAAAAACUUUUUAUUUCUGUGAACUUUCAAACACUUUUGGAAAUACCUUGAUAUAAGAAUCUGGAUGAAAAUUACUAGUGUAGUUUAAUAUUUCCUUCAUCUAAGUGUGAUUAUGUGCUAUUUGUAAAAUAUGAAUGUUCGUGACAUUAGCAAAGCCUAAUUAAAUGUAGAUAAUGGUAAUAUUUAGUGAGUAUAUAAGCAUAAAAAUCGACAAAAUUAUUUCACUAUGAACGCAUACCUGUGGCUGGUGUACAGUGAAUAAUGCUGUGAUAUAAAAUGAUCUCACAUUCACAGCUACUAGUCGAUGUUUCGUGAAAGUUUCCUGUCGCCUCGCUUCCCACCGUCCCACGGCCGAGGUCGACACGGGAUUACGAUCUAGCUAGAUGACUCAUUAUAGUGUGGAAUAAUAACUUUAGUAACAUUACCUACUUCAUUUGUUACCUCUUUUUUUCAUUGUUAAAUAAACACGUGCAUAUUAACAAAUGUAGAAUUCUUUUUCUGAAAAAGAAAGAAGAAUGAGCAUAGUAUAAACUUGAUUGUGGCUAGUAUUUGUAAAACAAUAUGGGACACGCGAAUGCAAGCUAUAGUAUAUCUAUUUCACCCGCCAUUUAGUGAUCACCAUCAAAUAAUAAAUUAUGAGUGAACAUAGCAACAGUAUACUUUCCCAAAAAUUUAAUUUGUCUGACUAGUUCUAGAGAUUGGCGCGGCCAAACACACUCUUCAGCUUAGUAAGGAUUACUUAUAUUUAUUUAUACGUUCCACAGCUGCAGUGACACUGUUCCGUAGGUUUUAGGUGCUUUGUAUUGAAAUAAGCAGUUUGAUGUUUGGUUUGCCGGAAGAAUAAGUUGUGAUGUUGACUGAUUAUAUUGCUUUAUUUUUAUACUGUGAUUACUUGAAUGUAUGCACGAGUGCUAAGUUAUCAAUACGCGACAUUACAUUCACAUAAUUAUAUUAUUCACAAUUUACACAGAGGCGUGGCCUCUAUAAGGUACCUAGUUUUGUUAAUUUUGUAUUUAAAUGAUUUUUAGAAUAUCAAUUAGUCAAAUAUUAUUUCUUUAUGACGUUUAUAAUAAGUUAAUUAUCCAUUUCUUUAUAAAACUUAAAAAGACCAGGUCAAAUCCUGAUGAAUUUGGUAUUUUUGUAAAGUAACUUAUUGUUUCUGUGAUUGUUUUAAUAAAAAUAAUAUAUGUAUAAGAA